GUAUGUAUUAUUAUUAUUAUUAAUUACGAUAAACUAAAACUUAUAAUUGUAAGAUAAUUUAUAUUUGACUUAUUCUAGAUUUAUUAGUAAAUUAUUUGUAUCUUGAUAUCAUAGUUAGGGGACAACGAAUCCAAUUAAAGAUUAGGGAUAAGUAUUUUCUGAUUAUUUAAGACAAAAAGACCUACUUGCUGAUUCCAGUAAGCCUUUUGGUAUAGUUGUUACUUCAACAAUGGUCAAAUAUUUUAACGGUAAGUAUCAUAUAUUAGUCAUUAUAAUAACUUUUUUUUUAAUAUUUACAACGAAUAACCUAAAUUGUCAUUAUUAUUUUGUUUAUAGGAAAAAUUAAUUUAAAUACUUCUGCAUCAACCAAAAUUUAUAUUGAUCUUCAAAUUUCUGAGGUUGAUGAAUUAAUAUCAACUUUAUUUGUUCUUAUUUAAUAAUAAAAAAAAUAUUACCAAAAAGAUUAGCAUCCUUGGCAAAAGAGAAACCUAAAGAAUACAGUAAAUACAAAAAAAAGGUGCACUCAAAUCACUUCCCUACCUAUUUAAGGCACCAAGUUCUUAACUUUUUUAUAAGAGAAAGAAAUCUCGCAAAUAAUAAAUUCCCUUAAAAAUAUAAUAAAACCAAAACUCUUAAAUUGUGAUGUAUUCAUGUAGAAAUUUUCUGGGUUUGAGAGAAAAAAGAAGAAGAAGAAAAUAACAGUAAUUAAAGUGUAAUUAUAAAUUAAGAAAAAAGAAUGUUGAGUAAAUUGUUAUUGAAGAGAUUAAAUUGUGGUUCAGCAAAAGAAACAGAGCAUGAAGCUUCAAGUCAUACUGGUUAUGAUCUAACGGCUGAGGUUUUGCCAUCUCUUGGUGCUCGAAGCCAUUGUCGUGUUAAUCUCAGACGAUUUGUUAUUUCUCCUUUUGACCGUCGAUACAGGAAAUGGGAUUAUUUAUUGGUAAUUCUGGUGCUCUACACGGCUUGGAUCUCUCCAUUCGAGUUUGGUUUUCUUGACAAGCCUACGACGCCAAUAUCAAUCGUUGACAAUAUUGUCAAUGGGUUCUUUGCUCUUGACAUCAUCCUUACAUUCUUUGUUGCAUACCUUGAUAAAACAACAUACAUAUUUGUUGAUGAUCGAAAAUUAAUAGCCAUGAAGUACAUUUUUAGCUUUAAGAUGCCUCUCGAUGUUAUCUCCAUUAUCCCCUCUGAACUUAUUCAGAAGAUUUUACCUCCUUCUACACGAACUUAUGGUGUGUUCAACAUGUUCCGUCUAUGGCGUCUAAGAAGAGUCAGUAGGCUCUUUUCCAGUCUGGAGAAAGAUAGACAAUACAGCUACAUUGUGAUUCGAUGUAUUAAGCUUAUUCUUAUAACCCUUUUUGUAGUACAUUGUGCUGGGUGUUUCUGUUAUCAUAUUGCUGCACAUCAUCGAGAUAAAAGGGCUACAUGGAUUGGAUCAACCUUGGAAGAUUUCCUUCAGUUCAGUUUGUGGACACGAUAUGUGAUGUCGGUUUACUGGGCUAUCACUACUAUGUCGACUGUUGGCUAUGGUGACUUGCAUCCUGUCAACAGAGACGAGAUGCUUUUCGAUGUUUUCUACAUGCUAUUCAACCUUGGACUCACUGCAUAUAUAAUAGGGAACAUGACCAACUUGGUUGUCCAUGGCAGUAGCCGAACUAGGAAAUAUAGGGAUACCAUUCAAGCAGCUUCGAGUUUUGCACAAAGGCACCAACUUCCUCAACAAUUGCAGGAACAGAUGAUUGCACAUAUCACUUUGAAGCAUCGAAUGGAUACCGAGGGACUGCAGCAACAACAAAUACUCGAUUCCUUACCUAAAGCAAUCAGAUCAAACAUUUCAGAACACCUUUUCUACUCUUUAGUAGAAAAAGUGUAUUUGUUCCGUGAAGUGUCCAAAGACCUUCUCUUUCAGCUGGUGUCUGAGAUGAAAGCAGAAUACUUCGCUCCAAAGGAGAAUGUCAUUCUCCGAAAUGAAGCGCCAACUGACUUCUACAUAGUUGUUAAUGGCUCAUUGGUAAACUUGCAGAACCAAAUUAAAGUUAUUAUUGGAGAGUUGAACAAAGGUGAUAUAUGUGGUGAAGUUGCUGUACUUUGUUAUAGGCCUCAUCUGUAUACAGUGACAACCAGGCGGCUCUGUCAGUUGUUACGGAUAAAUCGUACAAAUUUCUUGAACAUUGUGCAGUCCAAUGUAGGAGAUGGGAACAAAAUCAUGAAUAAUCUCUUACAGCAUCUGAAAGAGCAGGAGCACAAGAAUGACAACACCGCAAAGGAAAGUAUGGCUGAGAUAGAGAAGAUGAUGGGUCAUGGUAGGCUUGAUUUACCGAUAAGCCUAUGUUUUGCUGCUGCAAGAGGGGAUGGUCAUUUGAUACAUCGGUUGCUGAAACAAGGACGAGAUCCAAAUGAAACAGAUGAACGUGGAAGGACAGCUCUUCACAUUGCAGCAUCGAAUGGAAGUGAAAAAUGUGUGUAUCUACUGCUAGAUUAUGGUGCUGAUCCUGAUUGCAAAGAUCAAGAAGGGAACAUACCAUUAUGGAAUGCAAUGCAGGGUGGUCAUGAGGCGGUGGUGAAACUUCUAAUAAGUCAUGGUGCUAAGAUUUGUGCUGGUGACGUCGGUCUGUAUGCUUGUAUAGCUACCGAGCAAAACAACCUAGACCUCCUCAAAAAAAUUGUCAGCUAUAGUGGUGAUGUAACAUUCCCAGCAGUUACUUCUACUGCCUUUCCUCAAAGUGAGAUAUCUGCUUCAAAGUUCAUAGGAAGGACGGCCCUGCACGUGGCAGUUAGCGAAGGAAACAUCAAGAUCGUCGAGUAUCUGCUUGAUCAAGGGGCGCAUAUUGACCUGCCAGACAUCAGUGAGUGGACUCCAAGAGCCCUUGCUGAACAGCAGGGUCAUGAGCAAAUAUCUGCCCUAUUCCAAGCCAAGGUAGGAUCUAAGCCUCAAGUAGUGCUCCAAGUUCCUGAUGAGCAUAGAAACAAAGUGCGUUUCCUAGGGAGGUAUACUAGUGCACCAAAUUUGACACAAGAACACCAUAACUUGUCCGAAGAUGGAUCAGCAUCAGUAGGAUCAGGGAUGAGGCCGAGGAGGAAGGCUAAUAACUUCCGUAACUCAAUAUUUGGGGUUAUAUCAGCUGCUCAAAGUGGACAGAGUGAUCUGUUUCCUGGCAUAGGUCAUGAAUAUUUUGGUAGAAAGGUCGAUGCUCAUCAGGAGAACCAUGUCGCUUCUAGAGUGACCAUUAGUUGUGAGCAAGAAGGAAAACUUAGGAAGGUGGUUGUUUUAUUACCAAAUAGCUUUGAGGAGUUAUUGAAUGUGAUAGCUAAAAAGUUCGGAAUUUUCCCUUUGAGAGUUGAAACUGAUAAUGGUGCCGAAAUUGAUUGUAUUGAGGUAAUUAGAGAUGGAGAUCACCUUGUUGUCAUCAAAGAUGACACAAAUAUGUAAAUUUAGGGGGCGUUUGGUAUGGAUUUUUUAAGGCAUGGAAAUGGAUUCAAAUAACCCACUCCGUUACCGCUUGUUUGGCCAGAGAGUAACCAAUACCGUUACCUGGGUGUAACAGUUCCCCUAGUUUGGUUCCGCUCUUUGACCCAAGGAAACAAAUUCCGUUUCCUGCAUUCAACAAUGUUAACAUUUCUCAUUGACUUUCUCUUCCAAUGCUCUUACUCACCCAAUCUCUCUUUUGAAUUCGAUUUCUCAGCAUGCCAUUGUUCAAGAUCUUGCUUCAUUAUUCAAGACUCGUCAAAAUUGGGUCAAAUAAAAUCGCUCAACAACUCAUCAUUCUCACAUUUCACCCACCAAAAAUUAAAAAAAGAAAAAAGAAAAAAAAAUGAAUGAGCUUUCAUGACGAUUGAUGAUGAAGAUUGAUCUGCCUUUGCGAUGAAUUGAUUUGAUGUUGAUAAUUUUGAUUUUUGAUGGUCUAUUGAUUUCAAUAUGGUGUAAUUGUGUUUUUAUGAUCAAUAAAAGAAAAAAGUGAUCUAGUCAUCUGAUUUUUGAUGAUGUGAUGAUUUUGGUUAUUGAAUUAGAGUAAUUAAAUUGGAGUAAGAAAAAAGAGAAAAGAA